UGUACGCUACAUGUCCUGUCCUGUCCGCAUCAUCUGCCAAAUGUCAAUGACUCCUGCAACAUUCAUUUCCAGUCGAUUUUGAAGGUUGUUUAGUGUAUGUCUUUAAUUUUAUUAAAAAUGCGUGGGUUCACCUCAGCGAUCAUUUUGUUCCGCCAGUUUAACCAAGGAAUAAAUCGUUCCAAACUAACAGAGUGUUUACCACGAUAUUCCCGAGGCUAUGCUGUAAUUCCUCCUCCUCGGAACAGCGAGGAGAAAGCGUUGCUAGCUGCAAUGUUGCGAGUUGACCACGCAGGUGAAUAUGGUGCAAAUCGCAUAUAUGCUGGGCAGAUGGCAGUAUUAGGAAGGACUCAAUCCGGGCCGCUUAUUCAGCACAUGUGGGAUCAAGAGAAAAAACAUCUACAAAAAUUUAAUGAAAUCUUGGGUGAGAACCGGGUGCGGCCAACAGCACUACUCCCUAUCUGGAAUGUUGCUGGCUUCAUGCUUGGGGCUUCUACUGCGCUGCUGGGAAAGGCGGGGGCCAUGGCCUGCACUGUGGCUGUGGAGGAGAGCAUCUCCGAGCACUACAACAGCCAGAUCAGGGCUCUCAUGGAGCUAGACCCCGAGGGGUACAGAGGGCUUUUACAGAUAAUUAAGGAGUUUCGUGAUGAAGAAAUGGAACAUCAUGACACUGGUCUGGACCAGGAGGCAGAAUCUUUACCCGGAUACCAACUUUUGAAGACUGCAAUACAAAUUGGGUGUAAAGCAGCAAUAUAUCUUUCGGAGCGCAUCUAGGACCUUGGCAUUUCACUGAGUAUCAGCGUGAGGAUGCCUCUGUGGGAUGGCCGUGGCUGCGCGUGUUGGGUAGUGGAGCCCUGGGGAGGUGAAUGGAUGUCGGGAUGAAAGGGGCCGCUGCCCAAACGUCCAGAGCGGCUGCAGCUGAUGGAUUGAGCUGUAAGCCCCGCAUGUCCCUGGAGGCAGGGCAACUGGCUUACAAGUGUGCGCUAUUUUCCUCAGGAUGAAGUCACACCAUGUUUUUUUAACUCCAAGGGUUAUAUGUCAGACCAGACCCUAAAAGCUUGCAAGCAGUAAGUGUGUGUGUGUGUGUGUGUGUGUGUGUGUGUGUGUGUGUGUGAUUGUGUGCGUGUGUAUUUGAGUGCUCCAGUUGCCUGAAAUAGUUCUGUCACCCCUUAGAUGGUCAAAACUACUAAAAUGAAUGAAGGGUCCCCUCUAAGGAGCACUCCAGUGACUAUGCAUACUUUUAGAAAAAAAGUCAUAGCCCAGGACUUUCACCUAAAAGAUGAUUUAAAGUGUCUUGUAUAACCAGUCAUAAUUUGACACCCCUUCUGAUGUGGAGAACUGACACAUGAAUUGGUUUAUGUGACAUUUAAAUCACUUUUACUUGCACAAGUUAUAUAUGCUGAGGUGUAAUGAUAUGACUGAAUGUUGUAUGUAUCAUAUUAAUAAACAGUGACUCAUUGUCCUCAUAAA